UGAGGCACUUGUUUAUGAGACCAGGCCUGUCUUAGUCUAGAGGGAGCGACCCAAUGGUCUCUUCUUGAUGGGCACACCAACAAGUCAUUUAUUUCAAGACUUCUGAUCCGGCCGAGGGAUCGAGGCUGAAGUAAUCUACCUUUGAACCAGAGUUUAAACGUCCGAGGUCAAUUGGCUCCAAAGCGUUCUACAGAGUACAAAUUCGCUGACUCGGUCUCUCGCUAGAAGAGAAAUUGGAAUACAAUGUACCCUACGUACGUGAGCCGUGCUGUGCGAAGAGAUGUGGAUCAGAUUUUUUACUUGGUGAAUGAGGCCUUCCAAAUUGAGACGGGCAAUGAGGGGAUCGCUUAUCGCAGUGGCGAAAAAUACCAUCUUAAAGAUCAGACAAGGAAGCAUAUCGCUGACAUGUUGGUAUUGAGAGAUCAUAAACAGAUAUUAGGCGUGAUCAAGUCCAGCUUUCAUAAUGGCACUUGCGACAUUGGCUUGAUUGCCGUACAUCCUGAACACCAAGGAAUGGGAUAUGGAGCCAAACUUAUGGAGGCCGCGGAGACUCGGAACAAGGCCAGUCGCUUCACCGUUGGAUUGGCCUCAUGCCGUUCGGACGUAAUCCCUUUCUUCGAGAAAAGAGGAUAUAAGCAACUUGUGGAAAAGCCGAUUGAGGAAAUGAGGAAACUUUACCCAGAGGAUUUAGCCGAAAAGUUUGUGUCCAGAGAUGACAUUUGUUGGACCAUAUUUGUGAAGAAAAACUCGGUUUGUGAAAAUGGAGACGAAGAUGAUGGUUAUCAGUACAAUGCUCAACGAGAAUAACAUUUGUAGUUAUAGUAUGAAUUGGUAAAGGGGCAGUACAAUAAGUGGUUUUGCUCUCAAGAGGAAAUUCAAGAGGUUUGGCGUUAGAUGGUGCGUGUAGAGAUGACACCGAAGAACUGAACUUUAUUGAUAUCUGUGAAGGAAAAAUAACUUUUCAAUCCCUUGGGUAAUAAAGCGUGAACAUUUUGAU